GCACAAAUCAAAUUCUUUUGAUUUAUUAGGCUCAGCCCAAAAACUCCUGGACGCUUGGGAUUCGCCUUCAUCUGACGCUUAGCUUCUCUCGUCCGGCCUCGGCCUCGGCCUCCGGUGAAUUCGACUGGUUUUCUUCUCCAACAAAGUAUUCCAACAUUUGACAUGCUUGGUGAGCAUCCAUGAGUUCUCAAAGCGCUAAUUCAGUUGAAGACAUUUUUGACUCGUCAUUGAAUCUAGAGGACACUCAUUACAAAGAAGGCUACUCCCAAGGCUAUUCAGAUGGCCUAGCCUCUGGUAAAGAUGAAGGCAACCAGGUGGGACUCAAAACUGGGUUUGAAGUAGGCGAAGAAUUGGGUUUUUACAGAGGUUGUAUUGAUGUUUGGAAUGCUGCAAUCGCAGCAGAGCCAACCUGUUUCUCAUCCCGAGUGCAGAAAGGCAUCAAACAGAUGGAUGAAUUGCUUUGUAAGUAUCCCUUCUCAGACCCAGAGAACGAGUCCGCCACUGAGAUUACUGACUCCUUGAGAUUGAAAUUUAAAGCUAUUUGUGCAACGCUGAACAUUAGACUGGAGUACGAUGGGUACCCCAAAGCCUCUGGGGUCGAGUCUGGAUUCUAAUUGGUUAUCAAUGGUCUGAUCAGGUACUUUCCUUGUAGACAAAAUAUAAAUUUGCAUUAAGGUGGUUAAAAACUGACAUUAAUUUAAAUAUCAGUGUUGAAAAGAUUCCUGCCGGAAGGUAUAUGUAUAUGCUUGCUUUAUAUAUGGCUCCCUGUCAUGUUGUGUCCUUGUAUAUCUAUAUAUUUUACACACACAAAAAAAUUUUCGCCGUUGAACUACAAACUUGUAUACUUUGAGAUCAGAUAUUCAUGGAAAGAUACUUUCAACUAGGA